AUGAGUGCUGUUGGUGGAAUGGAGACAGUUGUGGUGGCAAUACCUGAAGGUGUAGAGCCAGGGCAACAGAUUCAAGUGGAGGUACCCGGAACACAAGAUUCGCUGAUUGUAACAGUCCCGCCCAAUAUCAUUGCUGGACAGCAGCUCCAUGUUCAAGUGCCGGCUCCACCUCCUAUUCCUCCCCCUGUAGUAGUGACUGAUGCUCAAUGGAUAUCAACCCUCCCAGCAGGAUCUCCAUCGGAAGAUAUUGCUGCAGAUUCUGGCAAAACGAAGAAGAAACGAAAGAAACCCAAAGCUUCUUCUAGUAGUCCACCAAGCAAAGAUGUCAAGACUCGGGUAUCAGUAUCGGCAAACCCAAUGCCCUCGGCACCACCUCAGGAAGAAGACACUGUAGCUCAUGGUCCAGGGCUGACUGUCGCUCAUACCAGUUCCACAAUAACAAUCAACUCGCAGCCUGCAUCACCAAAUCGAUCGUCUGCGACCUCCACAGCUGCCACCUCCCCUGAAGUUACAACAAGUACAGCCAAAGUCAUUGUGAAAUGGGCCCCUUCUAAUAGAAGAGUUUCGAAGGGGAAAGAAGAGGACUUGGGGGCUCCUAUCCCAGUAUACAUUGACAAACAAUAG